GGGGGUAGGGGACUCCAAAAAUAGGUGCUUAGGGUCUUCUUUCGGUAUCUCACCCACCUUAGGUGCCUUGCUACUGCAGUGUUUAACAAGAGCACGCCGGGUCUCGCCGCAGUCUGGCGCCAACUACUAGCUUAGCGCUAGUGUUAACUAGCACUGGCAUAUUCCUUGCAAGCCUUGCCACUUGAAUAGAAGAUUGCAGCAUGCCCGCAGCUGCGGCGCUUAUAGACAUUAUCUGAUUCGCAAAACGAACUGUUGCCACGACCGCCUCGCGGAAUCAUAUAUUACUAGCAAACCUUCGGUCACCGGUGCGAGCACUGUACAGUACAAACCAUAAUUUGAAUAUGGCCGACCCGCUGUCACCCAUUGCCAGUGUCAUUGCCGUUGCCGCAGCCGCCGCACAGAUAUGCAAAGCGAUUUCCCGCUUGCGGGCCUUUGGCGAAGUACCCGUCCGGGUUUACGCCUUGCGAAAUGAGAUCACAGAUCUCGAGAUAGUACUUCGUCAGGUUGCAUGCUUGCUGCAACAAGAUGCCUCCCAAUCAGCCCCAGACCAAGAAUCAUUGCACCAGCUACUGGCGCGGACCAAGGGUCGUCUCGCGGACCUUGCAAAGGCCCUGGAGCGUGUGGGAUAUGCAUGUGCCAGAGGCAAAACCAAGAUCAUCAGUAAAACUGCCAUUUGGCUCAGGGAGAAGGAACUCUUUGACGAGUUUCACACUGACAUAGGAGCCGCCAAGGCGAGUCUCAAUGUUAUCUUGGGUGCCUCGAACUCGCGUGAUCUACAGCAGAUCCUACUCGAGCUUCGUCAGGUCUCUGUCUUGACUUCAAAUGGUGGUCAACUACAGGAAUCUUACAUCCACACAAUGAACCAGGCUCUUGAGGACCAUCAGGCUGCAAUACAUACUCGCAUGGACCAACAAUAUCAAGGCUUGAACAACCGUCUUGAAGAACUUGGCCAGCUUUUACUUACAGAAAAGCUGCCAGCGGGGCAGUUACCUGGUUACAGCCAGCCAUUGCCUGACAAGGAGAGUACUGGAUCAUCUCAUCAGGAGAUGCUCCGGGUUCAAUUCUCUCAUUCAUUCUCUUGUCGAAGCUGUCCCUGUGUUUGUCAUAGAAAGCAAAAGGCGAGAAUGACAAUUCCAGGAGUCAUGGAGAGUCUAUUUGGUAAGGUAUUUGUGGGCUAUACGGGACUACCCGUGCUCAAGAAGCGAUGUGAUUUUAGAGGUUGCAAGGAUCAACAGACCCCCGCCGUCACAAUGGAAUAUUGGCUGCCCUGGUGGUUUAUGUCAAUGAAUUUGAGGUUCUACCUCAGAGACCUCGCAGGUCAGGGGCCACAGCUACAGUUAUCGACCUCGAGGAGAGUACCAGAUAAUGCUCAGUCAGUUAUCUUCGCCAUGCAAGGGAACAUUGAAGGCCUCAAGUACCUUUUCAGUGAAGGCUUGGCGACCCCAAGGGAUGUCAGUAACUCCAGGGGGUUCACUUUGGUGCGAUGGGCGCUUUAUGGGGGAAUGCAUCAGUACGAAACUGUUCAGUUCUUGAUUGGCCAAGGGGCUAUUGUGGAUGAAGACUCAUAUGAUAACGUCUGGGACUUCAUUUUCCGCGGUAAAUGCAACAAUAAGGAAGAGAGAGCCCUGCGCUGUAUCACAGAAGAUGGUGAUAAUGACUGGUUCAGAGAGCAGAACUUCCCUCUGAUCCAUCGGAUUAUCUUUGGUCUGUCUUCGCAUCCCUUGACCACAGAGCUUGAGGAAAACCCACAUGCUGUCCACGCCACAGAUAUACAAGGACGCACGGCGCUGGAUUGGGCAACAGCCAGGGCCCAAUUAGAGGACGUCCGUACCCUUUUAAGAUAUGGUUCGGACCCCAACAGUAUGGACAUGACAGGCAGAACAACCGUACUCCAUGCAGUCGAUAGUCAUAAUAUCCCCUGUUUACGUCUCAUCCUCGAAGCCGGCGGUGAUCCGAACCCCACAAUGCCGAAGGGAGUCUUCCGAAGCAGUCCUCUGACGGCCGCGGGGUUUGCAGGACUGCCCGACAUGCUCAGACUUCUUCUUGAAUUCGGCGCGAAACCCAACGCCUGUAAUCCGGAGGGGUUGACAGCAUUGCACUCAGUCGCUCGCACUGGCAACGUCGACUGCGCCGCUGUGUUGCUUCAAUUUGGAGCAGACCUAGGCGCGACGUCUAGCAAUGGAAUCACCCCAUUGUCGACUGCGAUCAUUCACAAUAAUCAUCAAAUACUGCAACUAUUUGUUAGCCGCCGCUAUGAUUACUUAACCAUAAUCCGCCUGAAAGGUACUCUAUCUGUCAACACCGACGUUCGGACGAGCCAAGGACCAUGAUUGGGUUGGAUAGCUCACUAACAGUUUGUCAGGCUCCCAGUUGCUCUCGCUUGUCGCGGAACAUGCAGACAUCGGCACUAUGUUGAUACUCGCGUCAUCUCAUCCUCUGCGGCUCUUCCACGGACUGGACCCCGAAACUUUGUCUACGGGCCGAGCUAUAUUGCAAGCGCGCCAUGACCACGACGAAAAGCUCUCAGAAGCCUCUUUGUCUCUGCUAGGUCGUCAUUCCAUUCUGAGCUUGCAGAGGCUAU